AUGGCAAACACUCAUGCGUUGGAUAACGACCCUGCCAUGAGCCGUGAUCAGGGUUCAACGAAAGACAUCGCUGUCGAUGGGGGGCCUGAAGAUGGCAAGACUCAUCAGUUCAAUGAGCAGACAAAUUAUGUCCCACAGAGAGCUAUUAUCACAACUAUGCUGGCUACGAGUCUGUACAUUAUCGGGAAUGCCUUGGGCUCGACGUCUCAGGCCUCAUGGAUAGCUAGCGGAUAUUUCAUAACUUCAACUGUUGGACAGCUCAUGUAUGGAAGACUAUCAGACAUCUGGUCUCGCAAGAUAAUUCUCCUAAUGGGCCUUGCAAUAUUCUUUAUCGGAUCAAUCGCCUCUUCUCUGGCGGAUUCAGUGCUACAACUCACCAUCUUUCGCGCUUUCACUGGUAUCGGAGGAGGCGGUCUAAUGACUGUCGCGCAGCUUAUAGUGAGCGACGUGGUUCCUUUGCGAGAAAGGGGCAAAUACCAGGGCAUUCUAGAUGCAACUGCCUUUGACGCUUCUGACGACACUAUGGAGAUUGGAAAUUGGUUAACAUGGGGAGGAAAAGAAUAUGCUUGGAAUUCGACGCAAGUAAUUUCAACUCUGUCAAUAGGUACAGCAGUAUCCAUUGCGUUUAUGCUAUGGCAGUGGAAGGGCCCAAAGUACCCCUUGAUACCACUGCACAUGUUCAAGUCAAAGAUCGUCAACGGCGCAUGUCUGACUAUGGCCAUCAACGGCUGGAACUUUGUCAUGCAAGUCUACUACAUACCCUCCUUCUACCAACUCGUCUACGGGUACUCGGCCACAAAAGCCGGAGCAAUGCUUCUUCCAAUCACGCUGCUUCAAACCGCCAGCAGCACUCUUUCGGGCCUUGUCGUCCACUGGAUCGGUCGGUACCGCGAGUGUAUACUCUUCGGGUGGUUGUGCUGGGCUGUUGGUCUUGGCCUCAUGUCGACUCUGGAUGAGAACACAGGCGUGGACAAGCAGAUCGGCUAUUCUGUGUUGAUUGGUAUUGGAGUUGGGAAUACACUUCAGCCUGCGCUCAUUGCUACGCAAGCUGGUGUUGAUAGGUGUGAUAUGGCAGUUGUCACCUCAUUUCGCAAUUUCGUCAGGAACUUGGGUGCAACACUGGGUCUUACAGUGUGUGGUACAGUCUUAAACAAUGUCCUCGCCGGUUCACUCUCCUCUCUAAACCUUAACAGUCGUGAUUCAAAUACCUUGCUAGAGAACCCUCAAUCCUUCCUUGGUAACGUCGCACCAGACGAAGCAGAGAGGAUCAGAUCAGUUCUCAUCCCCGCCUACAGAGAAGGGUUCCGUAUCAUCUUCCUUAUCGGCGCGGGUGCAGCCAGUCUCGCAUUCGUAUUGGCAUUUGUCCUCAUGCCGCAGGUUAAUCUUACUAGGCCAGAUGACUUGAGGCUGAAAGAAGAAGGUCGUACAGUUUAUGAGGAGAAGAGGUCGAAGGGAAACGAAUUGUGGGCUUUGGAGUACCCUGUCUCACUCCAGGCCAGGGUUCAAAUGCAGACGAUCGGGCGCCAGUAG